UUUAUCGGGAAUUCACUGGCCCAUACUUGCCUUUCACUGCUACAAACGACAUAUCUAUAAAUAUAUCUAUAAAUAUGGGUUGUUUUCGGACUGGACUACAGUGAUUCACUUUCUCUGUUUUUGUUAGAAUUUAUUUUAUUUGCUGGUGUCGGAGAACCCGCGUGAGAGUGAUUUUUUGCUUACAAUUAAAGGUGAAAUGGCUUUAUCCAGCCCGGCUCCGCAGCUUUGCUUCCUCCCCCUCCUCCAGAAACUCCCCCCGGCCCCCGGGCUUGUCCCCGAGCCCGGGUCCCUGCAGAUGGCGGUGCUGCUCCGAGGAGGAUGCGGAGCCCUUCCCCGCCUUCCUCCCGCCCCGCCGGGCUGUGCUGGGGGCCCGCAGGGCGUGUGAGAGCCGAGCCGGGCCGGGACAGCCCUGCCCUGAUCCCGAUCCCUGACCCGAUCCCGGACCCGAUCCCGAUCCUGAUCCUGAUCCCGGACCUGAUCCCCAUCCCCAUCCAGAUCCCCAUCCCGGACUCCAUCCCGAUCCCGGACCGAAUCCCGACCCCGAUCCCGAUCCCGAUCCCGAUCCCGACCCCGAUCCCGAUCCCGAUCCCGAUCCCGAUCCCGAUCCCGAUCCCGAUCCCUAUCCCGAUCCCGAUCCCGAUCCCGAUCCCGAUCCCGAUCCCGACCCCGAUCCCGAUCCCGAUCCCGAUCCCGAUCCCGAUCCCGGCGCGAUGUGAGCGCUCCCGCACCAUGUCCCGGCAGCGAGACCUGGACAAGCUGCUGUCGGACCUGCGCUCCUUCCUGCUCAUCCUGGACCGCGAAAGCCUCAGCGCCGCAGCUCGGGCCAAGAAAAAAUCCGUGUCCGACCUCCUGUCCCGGCUGCAGAGCCCGGCGUCAGAGGAUGCAGAGUACAUGAUCAUGCGCUGCCUCUCGCCCUCCCCGGGGACCCCGCAGGGCCGGACCAGCCCGGGAUCCCGGACGGUGGAUGCGGGGGGAGGCUGCGAGCGCCGCCCGGGCAGCGCCCCGAGCCCGCCCCGAGCGAACAAGGCGCCGGCUGUCCCCGCGUCCCCCCCAGCCGACGACUCCUACGAAGACGCCGAUCCCCCCGGGCACGGCAGAACCGGCGGUGGCGACAGCGACAGCAGCCACUACGAGUCGUACGGAGAGGAGGAGGAGGAGGAGGAAGAGGGGGUGACGGACCGAGCCCAUUACCUGCGCUGGCCAUCGGCCACCAGCGCCGAGGCCGAGCCCCCCGGGCGCCCCGAGGCUCAGCUCUGCGGCUUCCUCUGGAGGAAGCGCUGGCUCGGCCAGUGGGCGAAGCAGCUCUUCAUCGUCCGGGAGCACGCGCUGCUGUGUUUCAGGUGCGCCGCUGACCUGCAGCCGGUGCUGGAGCUGGACCUGCGGGGUUGCCGUGUCACCUACAAGGACAAGCGAGGCAAGAAGAUGCCGCACGCCCUGAAGGUGACAGGGACGGCCGGAGAGGCGCUGGUCAUCGGCUUCCAGAGCCGGCAGCAGGCUGAGGACUGGAGGAAGGUGAUCGAGGAGGUCAGCAGCGAUGGCCCGAGCGGGCUGGCAGCCCUCGGUGUCCCAGCGUCACCUUCCUCGAGGCUCAGCAGGCUCGGCAAGGAGGAAGAGGAGGAGGAGGAGGAUCGGUCCCGGCAGAGCCCUGCCCGCAGCCCGCGGCCCGGGGAGGAUUCCAGAGGAGGUGGCGGGGAGAGGGGCUGGGGGCCAGGGGGAUGUUGGGGGGUCACCCCAACACCGGGUCCUGAGCGUCUCCCCCCGUUCCUAUCCCAGCCCUACAGCCUGAACCUGCAGGUGACCUCGGUGCUGUCUCACCUGGCUGCCUUCCCCCACCCCCACCUCCAUGAGUACCUGCUGGACCCCUACCUCAACCUGGCCCCCGGCUGCCGCUCGCUCUUCUCCGUCCUCGUCAGGGUGAUCGGGGACCUGAUGCAGCGGCUCCAGCGCGUGCCCCACUCCAGGGCCAAGCUGCUCCUGGUGCGCCAGCAGCUCCUGGGGCUGGUGCCGGGAGAGCAGAUGGAUCACACGGUGCUGUUCAAGGGGGUGGUGGUGCUGGAGGAGUUCUGCAAGGAGCUGGCUGCCAUCGCCCUGGUCAAGGGACCACCCGAGGGGCCACCCUGAGCUCCUCCCUGAGCCCCCGCUGUUCGGCCAGGCUGUGGUGGCCACUGGGGAUGGCCCAGCGCACGUUCUGGUGGCCCUGCAACAGCCAGGAGCGGCCGUGGCACUUCAGGAAGUACCUCGCAGGAGGACAAGGAGGAGCCGAGUCCUUUGCUGUGGCCUUGGCCAGCCCCGAGGUGACGCCGGGUGCCCGUGCUGGGCGCGGAGCCGUGGCUGCUGUGGCUCCUCCUGGGUGGUGGUUCCUGCUCCGUCCCCAUGCUCUCAGAGCUGCCCCGAGCACCCCAAGGCUCCAGCAGGGAAUUUUAGGCAAUAAUGGGGGAUGUGUGGGGCAGCGCCCCUCCCUCAGCUGCAAGGACUCGAUUGUCCCCUGCCCUGGCGCUGUGGCAGGGGGAGUGUGACACGUGUGACACGCGUGACACGCGUGUGUGAUGUGUGUGUGGUCUGGUGGGGGUCUGUGCCCCCCAGACCCCGCCUAGCCACUCCCCAGGGUGAUGGGACUCUGCUCCAAUAAAGCUGUGACUCAGCACCA